CUCAUGUAUGAAUAAUUGCAUUACAUGACCACAGAUAAGACCAUCGGUUUGUCAGCCCUCACAGUGGGCCAUAUGGUGUGGGCCACACCAACUACCCUGAGAGAUAGGAGCCCUGUGGAGGAGAGACUGGACUUGGAGGUGUCUGAGUAGAUUUUCAUCCUCGUGGGCAGGAAGUGCUUUAAAAAUGCCUUGGCCCUUGGGGCUGGAGAGAUAGCAUGGAGGGUGAGUGAAAGCUCAGCGAGAAACAACCCUGUGCCCUGCUAUGGCAUCUCAAGAUAAAGAAAUGGGACCAUCAACUGGCUCUUCCUGGGCCUCCAUCCUCCAGGCUGUCAGGGAGCAGCUCCCGUCUCUGGACUCGGACUCCUCACUGUCAGACUGCGGGGAGGAAGAACUGUUCAUCUUCCAGAGAAAUCACCCUGCCCCGAUUCCAGACUUGUCUGAGGAGCUGGCUGAAGACCUCGAAGGGGCCUGGCUCACUGACACCCACAGAUCUCCACCUGAGCAAUUUGAGGAGUCAGAUCUGGAUGGCCUCCUGCAC